AAGGACAAUGUUCAAGGAAGGACUUGACAGUGAGACCCUUAGAUGGGUUCGAGGGGAGGAUGAUAUUCAGAGAAAAGAAAAAUCUGAACGUGUUGACAACCUAAGGAGUAGCAAUCGUGUCCUCAGAUUGCCUUCUCCGGGCGUAUUUGGAUGUGCACGUUCACCCAUAAAUGUGAUUUCAGUGUGGCAAACAAUGCCACAUGUGAGUGGCAAUGAUUGUGAGUCAGACAUGGACUUAUCCUCUGACUCAGAAAAUGAGGUACAUUCUUACUUCAGUUCGUCUAGAGAGACGAUUCAAUCUAAACAAGGAAAGGGGAUCCGAGUUGGGCAGCCUAAUCACACAGAAGAACUUUUGGAUUCAGCCAAAAGCGCAAAAGUUCCGUUUAUGCAAUCUAUGAAUAACAAAGGUGGUGAAUGUGACAGAGGAACCUACACUAUGGGUGAUUGUUUGCCUAAUGUUGCUGCAGGGGAAAAUGUGGAAAGAACUGCCAAGCAGGAUUUUUAUGGAAGAGGACUGCAGAAUAAGAAGCCUUUGGAUAAUUGUAUUCCCAGUGCGCCUCUAUUUGUUGGGUCUGAAUCUGACUUAGAGCAAACUUCUGAGCAAAUUUUAACUUUUAAAGCACAUGGGACACCUUCCCUUUCAUAUUCAAGUGUUUCUGCCACCACAAAUGAUUCAAAAGAAUCAAGAAAUACAACUGGUCAUGGAAUUCCUAACCAAUCAACUAGGCAUCACAAGACCUUUGCUGGUUUUGAAGUCGAUGCAUCUUCAGUUUCUUUGCCUACUCAACGCCCCACGUUUCAUGCAAGAAUUGCAUUCAGUGGGCAAGGUAAAUGGUGUGCUUUGUUCUCUUAUGAAGCAUGUUGUCGUCUCUGCCUUCACUCAUGGUCUCAGCGCCAUUGCAUGGAAGCUCCCUAUUUCUUGAAUGAUGAGUUUGCAGUGUUGCGAGAGGCAUUUGGUUUACGAUGUGUAUUAUUACAACCAGAUGAAGAACUAUUGGCAAAACGAUCUCCAGAGAUAGUCAGUGAGGGAGCUGCUCCAAAAUCUAGGAAAACUUCGGGCAAAAUGAAAAUGCAGCUUCAAGUGCGUAAAGUGAAAAUGGGUUUAGACCCGCCUACUUGCUGCAGUUUUUCACUUGUAAAGCCACAAAUGAUUAAAUCAGGAUCACUUCGUUCAUAUUUCUCCAAAUAUAAAUCAAAUCUAUAUUCUAAAUGGGAAGCUACAAGGAAAGUUCAGGUUGCAAGUCAUACUCCUGCAAAUGGUUCAAGCAGCCAGUUUAUAAGACAGGUCUCUGGGAUUUUAGAAUCUGGGAUGACUCCUAUGCACUAUAGUUCUUCAAAGGAAGUAGUGUCAGAACGAUAUUCUUGUUGGUUGAGAUUGAAAAAUUCAUCUGAGGAGGAUGCAGUUCAAAUGCAACCUGGAUCUGGUGAAACACAUGUGUUCUUUCCAGAUAGUCUUGGUGAUGAUCUGAUUAUUGAAGUUCAAGAUUCCAAAGGACAGCAUAAGGGUCGUGUCCUAGCUCAAGUGGCCUCAAUCGCUGAUGAACCGGGAAACAAGCUUCGAUGGUGGCCUAUAUUUCAUGAGCCAGAGCAUGAAUUGGUCGGCAGAGUACAACUAUACAUAAGCUAUUCAAUAACUCCAGAUGAGAAUAAGCAUCUAAAGUGUGGCUCUGUUGCGGAAACUGUGGCAUAUGACUUUGUGUUGGAAGUUGCAAUGAAAGUUCAACAUAUUCAGCAAAGAAAUUUGUUGCUAAAUGGCCCUUGGAAGUGGUUAGUAUCCGAGUUUGCAUCUUAUUAUGGAGUAUCAGAUGCAUACACCCGACUAAGAUACCUUACCUAUGUAAUGGAUGUGGCUACACCCACAGAAGACUGUCUGACUUUGAUACAUGAGUUUCUAUUGCCUGUAUUUAUGAAAAGCAAAGGCAAGAUUGCAUUAAGUCACCAAGAGAAUCGUAUUCUAGGGGAGAUUGAGUAUAAAGUUCAGCAGAUCAUUAAAUUGGUUUUUGAGAACUACAAGUUGCUAGAUGAAUCUUCCCCAUCGGGGAUGAUGGAUGAUUUCAAGCCUGCCACUGGGAUGAUACCUCCUGCUUUGAUCCCUGCUGUUAAGCUAUAUGGUUUACUGCAUGAUGUUCUAAAUCCUGAGGCGCAGUUGACAUUAUGCAGAUAUUUUCAGGUUGCCGCAAAAAAGAGGUCAAGAAGGCACUUAGCAGAAACAGAUGAGCUUAUCUUGAGUAGUGAAGGGGCGACAUUUAUGGAUCCCAUGUCUCUUUCAACUUCUUAUCGGAAGAUGAAUUCCCUUAUUUGUAAUUUCAGAAAUGAAAUUUUCACUGACAUUGAAAUCCACAAUCAGCAUGUGCUUCCAAGUUUUAUAGACCUUCCAAAUCUUUCUUCAGCUAUUUAUAGUUUGGAGCUUUGCAAUAGAUUGUGUGCAUUCCUUGUUGCAUGCCCUCCUCCUAGCCUUUCAGCUCAUGUUGCAGAACUUGUUAUUGCAACAGCAGACUUCCAAAGGGAUCUUGCAAGCUGGAACAUUAAUCCUGUCAAAGGUGGGGUUGAUGCAAAAGAGAUUUUCCAAGACUAUAUUAACCGCUGGAUUCAAGAAAAGCGUCUUUCUUUGCUUGAGUCCUGCAAAUUAGACAAGGUGAAAUGGUUAGGUGUCAGAACCCAAUACUCAACAACUCCUUUUGUUGAAGAGUUGUAUGAUCGGAUAAAUGAAACAUUGGAUGAAUAUGAAGUUAUCAUUUGUCGUUGGCCCAAAUACAAAUGUCACUUGGAGAAGGUUAUAGAAGAUAUUGAGAGGGCAAUUCUUGAAGCUUUGGACAAGCAGUAUGCUGAUGUUUUAACACCGUUGAAGGACAAUCUGACAUCAAAAAUAUAUGGCCUCAAAUAUGUCCAGAAAUUUGCUAAACGAAGUGACACCUAUGUUGCCCCAGAAGAGUUAGGAAUUCUUUUAAAUUCCAUGAGAAGGAUGUUGGAUGUGCUGCGGCCAAAAAUAGAAACACACCUGAGUUUGUGGAGUUCUUGCAUCCCUCAUGAUGGAGGCACUACCAGAGAAGAUUGUUCUAGUGAAGUAAGCGUGAUGCUUAGAGCCAAAUUCAGAAGUUACCUUCAUGCGGUUGUGGAGAAACUUGCAGAGAAUACUAGAUUGCAGCAUGAAACAAAUUUGAAAAAGAUCAUUCAACACUUAACGGAAAAUGUGGUAGAAUCAGACAUACAAAAUAGAAUGCAGCCUUUGAGGAAUAUCCUAAUAAGGACAAUAGAUCAGCUCCAUACUAUCGUUGAACCUAAUGUGUUUCUAGCAAUAUGCCGUGGUUUUUGGGACAGGAUGGGGCAGGAUAUACUAUGUAGUUUGGAAAACAGGAGAGAAAACGGGUCAUAUAAAGGCUUGCGAAUCGCAGUUUCUAUUUUGGACGAAAUAUUUACAUCAGAGAUACAGCAAUUGCUUGGGAACACACUGCAAGAGAAAGAUUUGGAGCCGCCACCAAAAAUUAUGGAAGUGCGGUCAUUGCUCUAUAGUGAUACUUUUAAAUACAAGGACAACUACUAUUAAUUCUAUUUUUUCUGUAAAUACAAAACUGAUGAGAGGGUGUUCAGUUUUAACCUCAUACCAUUUGAGAGUAAAUGAAAAGUGGGCAUGGGGACAAUGAAUCAUUGUUGAUGACGCAGGUACAUAGUUCAGGAUAAUGCAGUCUCCUACCGACAAGUUUUUGGCAAUUUUGAACUGGUUCUCUCAAUUUUUUGUAGGUUGACCACCAUAUCCUCAAUAAUAUAUUUUCAUUGCCUUUGUUCC